GAGUGCAAAUCUGCAUGUGAAGGAAAACUGCAUGAGGAUAUAAUUCAUCUCUGAUAGAUAAAAGGAACUCUGCAAAAAUGACUCCCAAUGAUCUUGCGAGUGAAUCAAGUGACGCUGACGGAUGUUCCAAAACGAGGGAGUCCCAAAAUGAUGAAACUGAGAAAAAAAACAUAGACAGUGCAUCCAAAGGCAGUGAGGUGGAGGACAAUUGUGAGCGCAGAGAAAAACGGGAUAGAAGUUCAUCUUGCGAGUCGUACAGUCCAGAAAAAAAGAAGCUGUGUUGUUGUCACGAAAAAGGUACCUCCAAGUGCUCCAGCAAAUCCGGAAAAAGUGGCUCAACGCCUAAGGUGAAGAAUUCGGAUACGCUAAGCACAGGAAUAAACGAAUGUGCAAACAGCUCGGAGAACAUAAAUGAACCCUUUAAAUUUUUUAUCGGUGGUAUUCCACAGAACAUCUCAAAUAAGUACCUAACAGAAUACUUCGAAAAAUACGGACCCGUGCAGAAUGUGGUCAUCGCACAAGACCACGAAACGAAGAGAAACAGGGGAUUUGCGUUUGUUACAAUGUCAUCUCAAAUAAAUAAAGAUAAAAUCCUAAUAGACACGCAUGAACUCAACGGGAAGAGAGUGGACGUUCGUGAGGAGAAUAACACGAUACCCUCAGACAUCCAGCGUAAAAUAUUCGUAGGAGGACUGAACUACUACUGGACUAAGGACACUCUAGAGAGCUACUUUUCCGCCUUCGGCGAAAUCGAUGUAGUUCAAAUUGUGUUGGAUUCUUCGGGCAGAUCCCGAUGUUUUGGCUUUGUGGUCUUUGCAAAUGAAUCGUCCGUGGCCAAAGUUCUGAAGCAUAGGCGGCACAAAAUUUACGACAAGAUGGUCGAGGUUAGAAAAGCGGAGCCCAAAAAGCCCAAGAUGGCCAUGAAACGGCAACACAGCAAAAGAUUUCAAAACAUGCCGGAUUUUUAUCCGAACUACGGCUUCUAUCCCAACUCGAUGGAAAACUCGCAUCCGCCAGAUUAUAACAACUAG